AUGCAGUGCAACAUUCUGCCCAACUCCGGUCCAAUGCCGCCUCAGCACGCCUUUGCCAACCAAUCGGCCUUUGUCGGCGUCACCACGUUCGAGGGGCGGCUGGUCAAUGUGUUCACCACCCAGAUCGAGGUCGUGCCGGGCCUGAGCACCCGGGCCAACCUCCUCCAGGACGUGGCCACCCUGCUCCCAGUCCGGUUCAACAUGGAGGGCGUCCCGCCCUACGACCUGCUCGGCCCCAACGAGAUGACCUUCCUCACCUUCGCCGAGGUGUCGGCCCUCCCCGCCGACGUGCCGCUCUUCAACCCGCCCAAGGCCUGCCUCAACGCUCGCCCCGUGCUGGGCUUCGGCAGCCUCGCCAGCCUAAAUCACCGUCCCCUCCGCCGCUGA